AUGUCGAGUCCGCGGUCCAUAGCGGUAUUUUCCGGGGGCUCUGCGGUCAACGCCUUUGUCAGCGUUCUGCAGGGCUUUACGGAUGAUAUGUCGUACAUUAUGCCUGUUUCCGACGAUGGAGGAUCUACGUCUGAGAUCAUCAAAGUGUUGGGUGGUCCUGGCAUAGGGGAUUUGCGAUCACGGGUCGUACGGUUGGCCGAGACGAGCUCAUUCGAGUCAAAAGCAGUGCGAGAUCUUUUGAGCUAUCGGUUACCCUGCGAUGACCCUUCCAGCGACAGAAGGUCAUCGGCGAAAGCAGAAUGGCUCGACAUACUAGAGGGCAGCCAUCCCCUCUGGGAUGGCAUAUCACAUCCAUAUCGGGAAACCAUUCGAACCUUUCUUGCGCACUUUCAACACGAGCUUGUCAAGUCGUCAACGCGUAGGCCGCCGUUCAACUUCGAGGGAGGGUCCAUCGGCAACUUCUUCUUGACGGGCUCGAGGUUGUUCUUUGACAACCUCGACGCAGCUGUUUUCCAGUUCAUGAGGAUUAUGCGAGUACCUCCACGAACCGAGGUUGUGCCCGUUUUGGAAACAAACCGCGGCUCAGUCAUGAUUGCGGCGGCCUUGCGAGAUGGAACCACCAUCUUUGGCCAAUGCGAGAUCUCUCAUCCCGGCAAUACGGGAGGGUCGAUUGAGCUUUCCCAAACAAAGUCGCUCGAUGCUUGCAGUGAUGCUGGACAUGACUCAUCAGCAUCCAGUCCUGCGGAAUCCGAUUUUUCGGCUCAUUCGCCACCCUCUCGAACAUGCAGUCAAAACCUGUUCUUCAACAAAGGGUCCUGUCAGACCUUAUGCUCGCCCAUCCGAAGGAUAUAUUACGUGAAUCGCGAACAUCAAGAGAUAUUCCCGGACAUGAAUCCGCUCAUCUCAUCACAGCUUUCGCGAAAACGCACGAUAGUGUACGGCUGCGGUUCCUUAUAUACGUCGAUAUUACCAUGUCUAGUGGUCCCGGGCGUCGGACGGCUGCUGGCAGACCCGGGACCACGGCAACUCGCACCACCCUAUCCCAUCCGAUGUCACCUCUCCCGCGUCAAGAUCCUGAUGCUGAACGGCUCCUACGAUCGAGAAACAAGCUGUUACACUGCUCUCGACUUCAUCUUCGCCAUCACAGAUGCGCUCAACUACUCAUGUAUAGUCGACGACCGCCGCUCCCGAGCACGUCGGACCUCAGUCCCGGACAUCCAGGGCUACAUCAAUCCCUUCGACCGAGACAAGGAGGGAAAACCCGUGGGUCUGGAAUGGUGGGUGGAUGACCACCACAGCCUAGAACCACAAUCGAUGACACCACCAGAUCGCCGCUCGACGCCCACGCAAAACGAGAAUGCCGCUUACCCCAUCCGGCACGCAACCCCACCAGCAGACGAGAUGGACAUCCUCACGAGCACCAUGGGACGCACGUACCUGGGCAGCCCAUAUCAGCCCGGAGCAUUCAUGACGCACAUGUUGUACCCAGAAGACGGAUCCAUCCCUGUCGAAGUCGACCGCAUCGAGGCGUUGGGCAUCCGAUGCGUUAGAGUCAAGAAGCCGAUGGUAUCGACGUCGAUACCGCACACACCGGGCUUCUAUGAUCCGGAGGAAUUGAGUGAGGUGCUCGAUCAUCUCAUUGUAUGA